GUCCAUACAUUCCCAAACUACAAAGAAUUGUCGAGCGCUUCCAAAAAUCAGUGUUGAACGUCGAGAUUCAACAAACGUUCCACUCUAUCAGCACAUUGACGAACGAACUAUCCUUAUUGCGACGAGGAAUUGUACAAUCCACUAAUGGGGAAAUAUACGGACAGUUCUUUUUCCUGGAGGACCAGGCGUACCACGCCAGGUUGGGUCGGUACAGAUCAAAUACCCAGAAGAAAUACAACCGGAUUCUCAAUAAGGCUGUAGAAUCUUCGGCCAUGGUCUCGUUUAACGAAAAAGCCUUGUUAAACUCAACUGGGGUCCAAAUUCCAAAAGAAACCCAAGUUCUUCUGAGUUUAGGACCCAAAUUUGCUGUACCGCAGAACAUCCGAAACACAUCGUAUUUCCACCUUAUUGCUGACCUAGAAGACAUCUACAGAUGUAACCCAGAUCGUUCUGUUCAAAACAACAUCAGAGCUGGUGUCUCCAACAUAAUACAAAAUCACAUCAACAACUCCAGGAUUGAUACGAAUCAAUCGUUGUCCUCCCGAUUCUGCACAAGUGCAUUAAAAGCGACCAAUCAUUUCCUAAAAGCCAAUCCGGAGGUGUGUGUCCUUCCUUCGGAUAAAGGGAACCGUACAGUAGUUAUGCUUCGCGCUAACUACGAAGCAAAAAUGUUGGAGCUAUUAGAGGAUUCCGAAACCUACAAGAAGCUAGACCGGGACCCAACAACCAAGUUCCAGAACCAAAACAAUGCACUGGUAGUACGAUUGCAGAAUCUUGGUUUGAUAGAUGAACGCACUGCGAGGUGUCUCAAAUCUAGGACAGCGGUUAGUCCGAGGAUAUAUGGCUUGCCAAAAGCUCACAAGCCCAAUCUCCCACUUCGCCCAGUGGUCCCCACGAUGACUGCGCCAACAUACGAGCUGUCCAAAUUUCUUUCGAACAUCCUACAGCAAUCUGUAAACAACACGUACAGCAUAAGGAAUUCGGAGGAAUUUUGCGAAUUUAUCAACAGCAGCACUGUGGGGCCAGGAUACGCAAUGGUAUCCUUUGAUGUGGUGUCACUAUUUACAAACAUCCCACUGGAAUUAGUGAGGAAAGGCAUCCUGAACCAGUGGAACAACAUAAAGGAACACACCAACAUUAACCUGGACCUAUUCCUGGAGAUCGUGGUUUUUGUCAUCGAGGCUAGCUAUUUCGUAUUCCAACAGAAACACUACCAACAAAUCGCUGGCACAGCAAUGGGUAACCCUCUUUCGCCCGUGUUAGCAGAAAUCGUCACCGGCGAACUGAUAGAUGCAGUGUUAUCCAAACUAGGUGUGCACAUUCCAAUCCUGAAAAAGUUUGUUGACGACUUUUUCAUCGUUAUUCCGGCCAACGAAGUUGAUACAGUUUUGGGUGCAUUCAACGACUAUCACCCAAAACUGCAAUUCACGGUCGAAUACGAGGUGGACGGCAGGCUACCAUUCCUCGACAUGGUCGUUGUUCGCAACGAAGACCAAUCUUUCUCCACUGAUUGGUUCAUGAAGCCCAUCGCAUCUGGACGGAUCCUUAAUUACUUCUCGCUGCAUCCAAAACACCUAAAAAUAAAUGUGGCAUACAACUUCGUCAAAAAGGUAAACACCCUUUCGACGAUCAAAACGGAGCAACAGAAAAAGGAGACGGUGAUGAGACUACUGAAGCUAAACGACUACCCCGUCUCGUUGAUCAACAGACUGAUUAACCGACACAACGAGAGAAGAACGAGAACACCAACACAACCAGAAAAUGACGAUCAACAAAUCAAAAUUUAUAAGUCGAUUCCAUACAUAGUAGGGUUAUCACAGCAGAUCACACAAUACUUUAAGAGAUCAAAUGAAUUUGACAAUAUUAACAUAGUACAUUAUAAUAACAACACAGUAGGUUCAUUGUAUAGAGCUAUGAAAGGGAGGACAGAUACAUAUCAGCGUAAUAACGUAAUUUACUGUAUUGGUUGUCAACAAUGUGAUGCCAAAUACGUUGGUAUGACAACCAACAAAUUACAAACACGUAUGUACGGACAUAAAUCUGAUGUAAAUCUCCUGGACAAAGUCACCAAAAUAGAAAACACUUCAGACAGGCUACACAAAUUGAGCGGUCUGAAGGAAAGAACAGCAAUGAUGAACCACUGUGUUAGCACAGGGCACAGAUUUGACCUGCAGAAUGCCAGUAUAUUAGACCAUAGCUUGAAAACAAAUAGACUACCGAUACUAGAGGUAUGCCACAUAAUGACAACACAAAAUAUAAACAAACGGACAGAUGUAGAGGGGUUACACACAUGUUAUACAGGUAUCAUGCACACACUGAACAGAUUAUCUCACAGAAACAGACAAAAUAGGAACGAUCUUGACACUAAUACAAUAGAAACAGAUGAAGCGCGAAUGAAUCAAAAUGACGAAUAACGUAGACAGAAAAGACGAUUGAAGUUGAAGAGCUUGAUAGUUAAUAAGUGUUAUAUUGAAUUGUGGGCGAAAAACAUAGUACAGUGGAGGCGUACAGAUGGUAGUACUAGAUUACCAAACCGACUUCCCAACGACAAAACUAAGACAACACUACAGGCUGAAUGUUUUUGGACAGCUACGAAUAAUUCUUUAUCCCUGAUGAAGAUCCAAAUUGGGAUCGAAACGUUGGAGCCAAGAAAAUAAAUUCGUAGGCCAAUUAUUAAGACUGCAAGCCAGAACAAAUUAUUCG